AUGUCACUCCCCAACUGCUCAGUGGCCAGCCCGGAGGUGGAUACAGCCGUGGGCACCCUCCUUGCCCUGGAGUGUGGCCUGAGCCUGCCGGGCAAUGCUAUCGCCCUGUGGACCUUCUUCUUCCGCCUCAAGAUGUGGAAGCCUUACACUGUCUACCUGUUCAACCUGGUGGUCGCCGACCUGCUGCUGUCUGUCUGCCUGCCAUUCCUCGUGGCCUUCUAUCUGAACCACAAGGUCUGGGGUCUCAACCACACAUCAUACCAGGUGCUGGUCUUCCUGCUGACCCUCAGCCGAGGGGUGGGAGUGGCUUUCCUGGCUGCAGUAGCUCUAGACAGGUAUCUGCGUGUGGUCCACCCACGGCUCAAGGUCAACCUUCUGUCCCCCGGGUCAGCCCGGGGCAUCUCAGGCCUCAUCUGGCUUCUGAUGGUAGCCCUCACCCACCAAGGCCUGUUUGGUCCCAAGACUGCCCAGAAUUCCACUGACUGCCCCAGCUUCUACCCCACCAGAGAGUCAUCCGCCAGCGCCACCUGGCAGGAGAUGUUCUUCUUCUUCCAGUUCCUGCUUCCCUUCGGCCUCAUCUUGUUCUGCAACACCAGCCUCAUCAGGAUCCUCCAGAAGAGACUCCGAGAGUCCCACAAGCAGCCCAGGCUGCAGAGGGCCAAGGCCCUGGUCACUGUGGUGCUGUUGCUGUUUGUACUGUGCUUCCUGCCCAGCAUCCUGGCCAGGGCCCUGGUGCACAUCUUUCGAGGGUCACAGAGCUGCCCUGUCUGGCGCAAGAUGGUGCAUACCUCGGACAUCGCAGGCAGCCUCACCUGCCUGCACAGUGCCCUGAACCCGGCCGUCUACUGCUUCUCCAACCCGGCCUUCACCCACUCCUACCGGAAGGUGCUCAGCAGCCUCAGAGGCAGGAGGAAGGCCGUGGAGCCUCCCAGCUCCGACCUCAGGGACUCCUACUCCUGA